AUGAGAACAGAACCAAGUCUGCUUACCUUGGCGCCGGAAGAAAUGCUCGACUCUUCUCCUGAACGAAGAGAUGGUGCUGCAAUAUUCAACAAGAUGAGUUGGCAAAGGCUGGCAGUCUGUUUGAUCUGUGAAGCAAUCGCGUUGGGCGUAUUGAGUCUUCCAAAAGCAUUUGCUACGUUAGGUAUGGUACUUGGUGUAUUUUCAACAGUGAUCAUGGGAGUGAUGGCAACCUAUACGGCUUUGAUUGUCGGAGAGAUGAAAUGUCGUUAUCCACAAAUAACAAGUUAUCCCGACUUAGCCAAGAUGAUGUUUGGAAAGGUAGGUUAUGUGAUCGUUGCAAUCAUGAUGACAGGCUUAUUGGUUCUUUCUACCGGAAGUCACGUUUUGACUGGGAUUAUGGCUUUUCAAGCAUUAUCUUCGCAUUCAGUCUGUUCGGUUUAUUUUGGCCUUCUUUCGGCAUUUCUGCUUUUUCUUCUUGGUCUGCCCAAAACGUUUCAUCGGAUGGCAAUCUUGGCUUAUAUCGAUUUCGCAAGUAUCACUGCUGCUGUUGUAGUUGCAGUCGUAGCAGCUUCCGUAGAAAGUGCAAAGAAGCCAGGCGGCUUGGCUGCAACAGAAUGGUAUGCUUUCCCACCUGGCAAUGCGAAUUCAAAUUUCGUUGAAUGUACGAUCGCAUUGACAAAUAUCGCUUUGGCAUAUGCUUAUGUGCAUUGUUUGCCUUCGUUCAUGUCGGAAUUACACCGUCCUGUCGAUUAUCGUAAAUCAGUCAUGGCUUUAGGAACAUUUCAAAUCGUAAUGUAUACUUUGAUCGGAUCAACGCUAUACUACUUCAAAGGGGUGGAUGUCAAAGAUAUGUCUUUACAAAGCCUAAAUCCAACGAUGCAAAAAGUUGUUUUUGGUUUGGCAUUACCUGUGAUCUUUAUUUCUGGAAGUAUAAACAGUCAUACAGCCGCAAGAUUCGUUUACAAUCACAUCUUUGCAGUCAAUUCGGUACAUCGGUAUAUUAAUACUCGAAUGGGUUAUUUGAUGUGGCUAACGUUAAAUGGAGGAGUAACACUGAUUGCAUUCAUUUCAGCAGAGGUGAUCCCUUCUUUCCCAACAUUUUUGGGACUAAAAGCAGCAUUAUUUUCUGCUUGCUUCUCGUUCACCUUUCCAACGAUUAUGUUUUUCAAAUUUAUUCGUUAUGAAUCAAAGCGGUGUAUCAAUAUCAAAGCCAAAUACUCCGAAUCAGUCGCAAAUGUAUUGAUUUUCGGCUUUGGCGCUUUCAUGUUCUUUGUCGGAAGUUCAUGUGUGGGAUAUUCUUUGGUUCAUCAGUACAAGCAUGGUAUUGCUGUUCCAUUUGGAUGUUGA